AUGUCAAGGUAUCCAGAAAUAGUGAGACUAUCAGAUGCGACAUCAAAUGUUGUGAUUGAACACAUGAAAUUUUUCUUUUCCCGACACGGAAUUACCGAAGAAGUUCGAUCAAAUAAUGGGCCUCAGUAUUCUUCUGCCGCACUUGCAAAAUUCGCAAGCGAAUACGAAUUUUUGCAUAUUAAUAGCAGUCCGCUACACCCUCAGAGUAAUGGAGAGGCUGAGCGGAUGCGAACGGAUUUUCGCCAUCUGAAUUACUUUAUGGGAAGACAAAUUCGAUCUGUUGUGCCGAAAUUACCUCAAGUUUUACACCCAAGAGCACUUUCUUGGAAGGAGAUUUUAAAAAAUGAAGCAAUCGGUAAAGAAGACAAAAAAAGAAGAUUUAACAAGCGACAUGUGACUAAAGUGUUGAAACCUUUAACUGAGGGCACUACUGUUUGGGAGACAUAUUGGCAACAACCGGGAAAAGUGUUACAAGAUGAGUCAACACCAAGGUCAUACGGGGUGCAAAUUCCAUCAACAACUGUUCCAAGAAACAGGCGACAUCUAGUGAACAUUCCACCAUCACAACAGCAGGAGGAAAUUCCAGUGAAGACACCCAACCCCAAUUCGACUCAGGGCAUUAGCAAACUGAAACAUCUACAUAAGAAAGUCGAGUCCCACAGAAUUCACCAAAACUCAGGACAAGGAGUAGAAGACGAGUAG